ACCUCAAGAACUUAAAGGCAGUUCCAAAGAACUCUCAUUCUCUUAAAAAAAGAAAAAGACAAGACCUAAAAAAAGCCCCUUUUCAGGUUUUAAACCAACCUCAAGAGCUUAAAAGGCAGUUCCAAAGAUAGAGAUAAAGAAAACCAUCCUUUCGUAGAGGAGAAAACCUAACCCUAGAUUUUGCUUCUUCCUCCUUCCAGAAGCUUCCUCCAAUGGCGGAUUCUGGGGUGGAGGAAAGGACCGUUAAUGCCGUUGAAGAGGAAGGAGAGGAGACGAUUCUGGAAGGGAUGGCGGUCUUGGAUUUCGACAUGCUCUGCGCAACCGUCGCCAUGCAGACUCAGGGGAUUUUGGCGGGAAAGGGAGGGAAAAUGGAAGGAGAAGAAGAGGGAGGGGAAUUCGGGGGAGUGCAGAGGAUGUGGGAAGGAGAGGUUCUUGAUUGCUUUGAUGACCGUCGGAUCGUUCUCGAAACCGUGUUUUGUCCAUGCUAUAGAUUUGGGAAGAAUAUGGGGAGAGCUGGUUUUGGGUCUUGUUUUCUUCAGGGGACUAUUUAUCUUAUUCUAGCAGCAACUGCUCUUCUCAACUACGUUGCUUUUGGUGUCACCAGGCGGCAUAGCUUUCUGUAUCUGGCUGUGGCUUUCACGAUUUCAGUUGGCACGUAUUUGGGCCUUUUCCGUACACAGAUAAGGAAACAGUUCAACAUAGGGGGGAGUGACAGUUCUUUGGAUGACUGUGUGAACCAUAUUGUCUGCCCCUGCUGUACAUUAUGCCAGGAAUCCAGGACAUUGGAGAUUAACAAUGUCCAAGAUGGUGUUUGGCACGGCCGGGGCGACGCCAUAUGCAUAGGAAGGUAUGGUGAAGGAAGCAAGGCUUUCUUCGAGCUCCGCCAGCCUCCUCUGAUGCCCACGAAAUCCCCUGAAUUCAAUAGCAUGGAACGAGGAGUGGGCAGUGAUAAUCACGCGUGGGAUGUUGAUAUCAGUCAUUCAGAGCCUUUGGUCCCACUGUCCCAAUAGGGGGCUGUGCUUACAGAGCAGGCCCUACUAUUUCUUUCACAGGCAUUACUGGAUUAGGGAAACCAAGCCAUGUGCAUUUAUGAGAGCUCAAAACUCAUGAUGCAGGUCUGCAGGAGUCCAUUUCAUUUGGAUUUUCAAGCUGGAGGUUGAAACCGAAACGGGGCAGCUCCAGGAGGCUGUGGUGCUCAAUCCCACAGUGGCCAACAAGAAAUCUGGAUCUUGAAUGUGCUAGUACGUGGUCCGGCCCAACGGUCAUGAUCACGGAACUCUAAUGGAAGCGGCAAGAUUGGAACUGCAAUUUUAUAUGGUUUUGAUUGCCCCAUCCUCUCUGUAAUCCUUUCAAGUGACAGCAUUUAAGUCAAUAUAAAAUUAAAAAAAAAAUGAAAGAAAAAAAGAAGAAGAAAAGGUUCAUUUCUUGGCUUUUUA